GAUAACGUGCUAUACUUUUUGGGUAAGGAAAGAUGAUACAGAGGGACCUCUUCUUCCUUCUGUGGCCAACUUCUUUCCCUAUAAGAUAACUGAUAAGGGUCGAAGUCCUUUUUUGCCAGUAACCUUACUGGACCAUUUUCCGGACUGUACAGAAACUGAAUUAUUGAAUUCGUUACCUACCUUCAAUUAUUGUCCAUGUUCUCUAUUCCAAGCUCUCUUUCUUUCUUUAGCUCGCUCAAAGCUUUGAAGCUCUCUCAAGUCUCGAAUCUUUCAAGGUAUUUAUACUUUUUUAUUUUUGAAUAUUUUGAUAGUUGUUCAUAUGGUUAGUUUAAAUUGAAAUGUUGAGGCCUGCAACUCUUUCACUGCUUUCAGUUCCUAUUUUAUACAUUUCCUGGAAAGUAACUUUCCCUGAAACCUUUCACCAAUGCCUUAUCAAACAUUCUGACCUCACCCAUCCAAUCUCUGAAGCUAUAUAUAAUCCCCAGAACCCCUCAUAUUCUUCUGUAUUGCAAUUUUACAUUCGAAAUCUUCGCUUCAACACAUCCUCGACUCGAAAACCAGACGUUAUACUAGCUGCAUUGCAUCAGUCUCAUGUCCAAGCUGCCAUACUUUGUGGUAAAAAACAUGCCCUGUUGAUGAAAAUUAGAAGUGGGGGUCAUGACUAUGAGGGAACAUCUUAUGUGUCGAGCGUCCCGUUCUUCCUCCUAGACAUGUUCAAUCUUCGUUCGAUUGAUAUCGACAUUAAAAACGAGAGCGCUUGGGUUGAAUCUGGAGCAACUCUGGGUGAAUUACUAUAUGGAAUUUCUGAAAAAAGCAAAACUCAUGGCUUUCCAGUUGGGGUGUGUCCUACAGUUGGUGUUGGUGGGCACUUGACUGCAGGUGGGUAUGGUAACAUGAUGAGAAAAUAUGGACUGUCAGUCGAUAACGUUAUCGAUGCUAAAUUUGUUGAUGCUAAAGGGAGAGUUCUGGAUAGAAAAUCCAUGGGUGAAGAUCUGUUUUGGGCUAUCAAAGGAGGGGGAGCAGCUAGCUUUGGAGUUGUUCUUGCUUAUAAGAUUAAGCUGGUUCAUGUUCCGGAAAUUGUCACUGUCUUUCAGGUUGAAAGAACUCUAGAACAAAAUGCCACUGAAAUUGUGUAUGCCUGGCAACAUGUUUCACACAAGCUUCAUGAAGAUCUCUUCAUCAGGCUUGUUCUAGAUGUAAUAAACAGAUCCCAAACUGGCGAAAAGACGAAGACCCUAAGAGCUUCAUUCGUUUCCUUGUUCCUCGGUGAUUCCGAGAGACUCCUCUCCAUCAUGAAUCAGAAUUUUCCUGAACUGGGGUUAACUCAAUCAGAUUGCAUUGAAAUGAGUUGGAUUCAGUCAGUAGUUUACUGGUCUACAUAUUUUCCUCUUGGGACGCCUGCCGAAGUUUUGUUACAUCGAAAGCCUCCAAAACUGACUUCUCUGAAGAGAAAGUCAGACUAUGUGAAGGAGCCGAUCUCAAAGGAUGGCCUAGAGGGGAUCUGGAAGAAAAUGAUCGAAUUAGAGAAGCCAUACUUGAUAUUCAACCCUUAUGGUGGGAAAAUGGCUGAGAUUCCUGCAACAGAAAUUCCAUUCCCACAUAGAGCUGGAAAUUUAUGGAAGAUUCAGUAUGUAACAAAUUGGAAUGAAGAAGGAAUUGAUGCAGCAAAUCACUACUUAGAUUUGACCAGGAAACUUUACAAUUACAUGACUCCUUUUGUGUCGAAGAAUCCAAGACAGGCGUUUCUGAACUACAGGGAUCUUGACUUGGGGAUCAAUAGCCACAAUGAAAAGACAAGCUACAUGGAAGGAAGAGGUUAUGGCAUCAAAUAUCUUAGGGAUAAUUUUGAUAGAUUGGUGCAAAUUAAGACUAAGGUUGAUCCUGGUAAUUUUUUCAGGAAUGAACAGAGCAUUCCAGUUCUUCAUCAACUAAAUGAAGUAGAAUAAAGACAAUGUUUUAGCCUUGUCUUUCUAGCUAUUUUAAUUGCCGCUUGUAAGAAUAAAAACCCUUGUUCUCUGUUAAUAUAUUGUAUAUUUGUCUUAGCUUUGAUAGAUUUUAUGUUGAAUAUGGUGUAUACUUCUCUUAACUUUGAUGGAUUGUUUGCCUAUGACGACUCAUUCAGAGUUCCAAUGUCUAA